AUGCAUGAAGGACCGGUGGCUGCUCCGCGGUGUAACAGGCCCGCACACCCCCCAGGCCAUCCCCUCUCCCUCUGCUCAAACGGCAAGGUCAAGCUCAAAGCCUGUAAUAACCACCACCCCCACCCCCACGCCAUGUCUGGACCUGUCCACGUGCUAAAGUGUGAUUCACCGGACAGCAAUACUAAGAGGAGUGAGACAAGUCCACUGCUAGCAUGUGGGACUAUGGAAGAUCCCAGUAUUGCAGAUGUAGAGAUUGUAGAAGCGACUGAAAUCUAUUGCGGAGAGGCUGUUUUGAGCCAAGUUGGAGCUAAUAUGAAUGGAUUUACAGCUAAAGACGGCGAUAAAACUUGUGAGAAUAACGGCAAAGAUGAGGAUUCAACCCAAGAAGACUGGACCCACGAUCUGCUAAGAAUUGUAAAGCACAAACCUAGCGCUAUCGUGUUUUCGGAUUUCAAUCAAAAGCCGGAAAGCCGUGCUGCGUUAGCCAAUGAGAGCCUACAACUCAAAGAAGUGUCCUCAUCCACAGAGACCACAGAGGGGGAAGAAGACGAGGAGGACGAGGAAGAGGAGGAGGAGGAUGAUUUUCCUGAAGCUUCACAAUAUAAGGAAUUCCUGGUCAGUCGUCACCGUAGAAACUCGAGCAGGAACAGGAAGUGCUUGAGGAAGAAACAGGAUGCCCACCCCAGUAGCAAUGCUGGCUGGCAAAAGACCACUGCCCACAACAGCAGCAGCAGAAGCACAAGCAGCAGCUGCAAAGGCCGAGUUCAGUCUACCAGCAGAGAUGAAAAAAGACAACAAGGCCGUGAAAAAGAGGGCGCUGGCGGAGACUCCAUGACAAUUCUGAUGAAGAAGUUGGAUCAAAUCAACCACGAGAUCCGGGACGCCAGCUCCUCCCCCUCAGACGACGAGCAGAAUGGAGAACACACACACAACCAGGUUUUUUAUGUCUCCGCGGCGACACUGGUGCAGCAAGCUUCGUCCAUUUUUAACGACGGCUGUGUCCGAUCUGAAGAAUGCUUUUGUGACCUAACAGAGUGA